UGAGCCACGCCCCUUGGGCGGUGGGCGCGCCCCGCCCCCAGCGACCGGCCCCGCCCUUGCAACAGGCCCCGCCCAUUGGGAGGGAAGCCCCGCCCACUGGCGACUGACCACGCCCCUCCGUGCGGCCCCGGGGGUCACCACGGGGUGGGGGGGGAUGGGGAGGGGACACCUUGGCGGACAGGGACAAUGUCCCCAGGGGCCUUGGGGACAGGGACACCCCUGGGGAAUAGGGACAAUGUCCCCUGGGGCCUUGGGGACAGGGACACCCCUGGGGAAUAGGGACAGUGUCCCCUGGGGCCUUGGGGACAGGGACACCCCUGGGGAAUAGGGACAGUGUCCCCUGGGGCCUUGGGGACAAGGACAUCUGGGGGGCUCAGGACAGGCCCACAGGGGGGUCAGGGCCACCCAGAGAGGGACAGGGCCAGUGUCCCAGGGACCAACAGGACAAGACAGUCCCAGGGGGACAAGGACAGUGUUCCUAGGGCCUUGGAGACAGAGACACCGCCAGAGGGACAGAGAUGAUGUCCCCAGGACCGCUGGAGACAGGACACCCCUGGGGGGACAGGGACCGAUGUCCCUGGGACCUUGGGGGCAAGGCCACUCCUGUGGGGACAGGGGCAGUGUCCCCAGGGCCAUUGGGGACAGGACACCCCCAUAGGGACAGGGAUUGAUGUCCCUGGGACCUUGGGGGCAAGGCCACUUCUGGGGGGACAGGGACUACGUUCCUGGGGGUGUAGGGACAGGACAGCCCCAGAGGGACAGGAACAGAUGUCCCUGGGGUCAUGGGGACAAGGCCAGUCCUGGGGGGACAGAGACAGUGUCCCCAGGGCCAUUCCCCCAAAGGGAAGGGGACAGACAUCACUGGGGCCUUGGGGACAAGGCCACCGCAGGACAUAGGGGACAGACGUCCCCAGGGUGAUGGGGACAGAAGUGCCCGAGGGCUGGGACACCCCUGGGGGACAGGGCCACCCCCAGGGGAUGUGGACACCCCCCCCGGCCCUCCCGUGCCUCAGUUUCCCCACGUGUCCCAGGGGAGCCCUUCCUGCUGCUUACUCAUCCUCAUCGAUCGCACCGCUCGUUAGCCGCCCCACGUUAAUUAACCCCCGUCACUAAUUGGCCCCCAAGCACCAAACACCCCCCAAGGUGCAGUGUGGGGGGACGUGCCCCCCCCUCCUCCCACGGGGGGGACAACAACAACCUCUUUUUCCCCCAGUUUUAAGGCCGGCGCUGGGUCGUCACCCCCAGUUGGGCUGUCAGGGGCACCCAUGGGUGCUGCACCCGCUGCCCUUUGUGUGUGGGGUGGUGACAUAAAGAAAAAGCCCUAUAUAAAAGAUAAAGAACUCGUGGUGAGGGUGCGGGGCGGGGGGGGCCGCGUGCCAAGGGGGGAGGGCAGGACGGCCGGACAGACGGCCGGACGGCGCACCCGCCCCUGCGCUGCCCGGGACGGCACCGGCCGCGACGGUGACACCCCCUGCGGUGCCCCCCCCGGCGCGGGGGUCCCGCGGUGGGUGUUUUCGGGGUGGGGGGGAUGCAGGGCAUGGAGCUGUGCGCCGGGGCCGUGCUGGUCCUGCUCUUCAUCGCCGUCCUCAAGCAGUUCGGCAUCCUGGAGCCCAUCUCCGCCGAAGAUGCCGGUGACACCGACCUGGAGCUCUCGGCUGCGCGGCACCAACCGGAGGAGCUGGAGAAGUUGCUGGCGCGGACCAAAUUCACCAAAGCGGAGCUGCAGGCGCUUUAUCGCGGCUUCAAAAGUGAGUGUCCGAGCGGUCUCGUGGACGAGGAAACCUUCACCGGGAUUUAUUCGCGGUUCUUCCCCCAAGGCGGUGAGUGGGGAGGGGGCGGGGGGGGGGAAAGGGUGGAUUGUCACCCGGGGAUGUCACCGGGUCCGCUUGUGUCCCCCCCCCCCCGCCCCGGCCCUGCAGAUGCCAGCGCCUACGCGCACUUCUUGUUCGACGCCUUCGACGCCGACCGCGACGGGGCUCUGUGCUUCCAGGACUUUGCCGUGGGGCUCUCGGUGCUGCUGCGGGGGACGGUGCGGCAGCGGCUGGAGUGGGCGUUCAACCUCUACGACCUCAACAAGGACGGCUGCGUCACCAAGGAGGAGAUGCUGCGGGUCAUCAAGUCCAUUUACGCCAUGCUGGGGCGCAGCACCCGGCCCCCCCUGCGGGACAGCGUGCCCGCCGAGCACCUGGAGAUCUUCUUCCAGAAGAUGGACAGGGACGGGGACGGCGUGGUGACCCUGGACGAGUUCCUGGACACGUGUCAGCAGGACAGGGACAUCAUGAGCUCCAUGCGGAUCUUCGAGAACAUCAUUUAAACCGGGACCGCCCGGGGGGGCGGGUUUUCUGUUUCCGAAGGGAACCGAACCCGGUGGCGCCGCCGGGGCCGUUCUGGGGACACGGCCCGUGUCCCGGGGCCUUCCCGGGGACGGCGGCUCCUGCCCCACGUCCUGCAUGAGGAGAGCGGGUUGAUCUUAUCCAUAAAACCCCCGGCGCUGAUUUAGGGACAGCGGGUGACGCAGCCGGGCGGGGAUUUGGGGGAUUUGGGUGGUUUCUGCUGUUUUCCUCCUCACGAACAGCCCGGUGGGGCCCCGGCCAGGCCGCUCUCCCGGCCCCUGCUCCUCCUGCUGCGCCGCUCGCUCGCUCACUGCGUGUUUCUGCCAAAUAAAAGGGACAAACCCGGUCCCGGUUCCGUCCCCGGUUCUCC